AUGUCAACUGACUCCUAUAUAGCAAGCAAGCCUCAACUUGCCCGGACAGAAUCACGACAAUCUGUUGCUGCUUCAGACGACUACUAUUCAUUCUCAGACCGAGCUGCUUCCUCAAGUCCAGAGAGUCGAGUAACAGUCAUGCGAUUCAGGACUGCAGACUCUCAUCCAUCUUCUAACGCAUCAUCGCCUACCAUGCCAGAAGAAGAACAUCCUAUGCCAGAGGAUCUUGGGUCUCCUCGCCCACCAACACCCAGCACCGUUCGCUUUGGCGAAGAAAGAGUAGCUCACAUCAGUCCCCAGUCAGACGGCACAGGAUCCGAUGAGACCGCUCGCCGAGUCCCCAGCGACUAUGCGGGACCAGCCCCUACCCCAGGCCUGGACGACUCUCCAUACGUCCGGUUUGCAAUCGACCAGCUCACCCAAGACAGGUCUGGGGGUGUUUCAAGACACGAUUCCCUUUCCACCACCACUACCGGUGACUAUUCCACUGACCGAAUGGUCUGGGAUGAGGGACUCGGCUAUUUUACUCGCACUCGAACUCCAAUUCGCCAUGACACGACUCCAGUGAGACCGUCGUACACGUCUCCUUCACCGCAGGCUUUGCCCCAACGACCAGUCUCCGUGAACCCCGAGUCGUUUAUGGCCGUUGACGCCCCAGAACAGAGCUUGUUGUAUCCCCCCCUGAAUUACCUCCCUCUGGCCCUGCGGCCCUGGGCUUUGGCCUUGACGAUAUUUUGCUGUCUUCUCAUGAUCGCCGGAAUUGUCUUCUGCAAUGUCUGGUCCCAUCGUGAUGAGGGCAUUUGGGACUACGGGGGUCAGGAUGGAGCAAGCUAUUUCGUUUUGCAAUUCUUGCCUCAGAUCCUCGCUGCGCUUAUCAUAAUUUGGCUGUUUGUUAUCCAGGCUGCUGUAUAUCGCAUAGCACCUUUCGCCAUGAUGUCAGCCGAGCGUCAGAAAGGCCUAGUUAUGCAAGGCUUGCCAAUUAUCUCCAGGAACUUUGUCUUGCCUGACCUGUCGCAUUUCCGGAACGGUGAGCCUUUGUUCGGCUUCUCUCUCUUCGCAAUCUGGCUCUCCAACUUCUUCGCCAUCCCCCUUAUCAGUUGCCUCUUCCAAGCAAAAUACUUUGUCAUUGACGGGGAGGGGGUCUGGAAGUGGGCCGCCGUUGAGUCUGUUGGCUGGACGCUAGUGGCUUUAUACGGUGUCCUGACAAUUGGUCUGGGUUUGCUGCUUCUGCGUUUCCUCAAGGGCCGGUCUGGUCUGAUGUGGGAUCCAGUCAGCCUGGCAGAUUUGAUCUCAAUCAUCCAACGAUCAAACAUCCUACAUGACUUUGAGCACUCCGAAACAGUUCCAUCAGUAAAGGAAUCUCUCGACCCUCGCAUCCUUCGGCUCGGAUACUGGAAAUUGUCCAGUAAGGCAGAAGUCUUUUAUGGGGUUGGUGAGAUCGACGCGCCGGUCCGUACGCCAUCACUUCACCAGACUGGCAAGAAGCAGCCCCACGGACUUGCCAAUGUGAACUUUGACAUCGAGAACCAAGGUGAAUUGGCCAACGAUCCGUCGCAUAACCACCUGUACUCGACAUCCAUCCGUUACCGCUGGACUCCAUGGUUCCUUCGCAAAAUCUCAGUAUGCGUCUGGGUUGCCAUUGUCUUCGCUCUGCUUAUUGCAUUUGUCGCUGUCAGUUUCAUCCACAAUGGCAUCAAGGGCGGCUUCCCUCCCAAGCUUCCGACCCUUCCAUCGACAAGUGCAUUCUCGUCCUCCAACUUCCUAUACAGCUUUGUUCCCGCUUUGAUUGGCAACGUGCUCUUCCUUGUCUGGCAACCUAUCGAUGUCUACUUCCGAUCCCUACAGCCAUUCGUCGAGCUCUCCGCUGCUAGUGGUGCAUCGGCUGAACAAAGCAUCCUCCUCGCCUACCCAUCCCUGUUACCCGUCCAGGUCACCAUCCAGGCUCUCAUCAACCGACACUACAAGGUUGCAUGCAUCUCUCUCAUGAGCCUUGUCUCUCUCGCCAUCCCCAUCCUCGCUGGCGGUGUUUUCAUUGCCCUUUGGUACCCUUCCCAUGACGAUAUCCGCAUUUCCGCGUUGAUGCCUGCAUUCUACGCCCUGAUCGCCUUCUGUGCGUUGUAUGCGGUUUCCUUCCUCGCGAUCUGGCCCGGUCGUCGCCGUUACCUCCCACAUGAUAUUACGACCCUUGCCGAUUUGAUGAGUUAUAUCUACCAAUCACCUCUGUUGUCUGACAAGAUCCUCCGCGAGCCGAGGAGUAAAACCGACCUCGUCACCCGCCUUAUCGUUGCCCCGCCUUCAGAGCGCCAGCUACCUCUCUAUGGCUUUGGUAUUUACGUCGGCCGUGAUGGCAAGGAGCACCUUGGCAUCGACCGUUUCUCAAGGCCUGGCCGGACUGACAUGCUCAUUACCACUGGCACUAUGAAAUAA